GACUGGCCUGCCGACGUGAGGCAGUGUGCCUCGUGAGUAAUACAUUAAGAGAUCGAUUCCAUGUAGAUACAAGAAUUGUCCUUGGACUUCCUCUGUGACACAUGUAUAGCAUCCUAUUUUGGGCGUGUGCUGUUCCGUCACAGCAACUGCAGGCAUAGCAGUAAACGCAGCAUAACUCUCAGUGAAUAAAUCUCUCUUGUACCUAAUAGUUCUGAUCUUCAUUCCCUUCGUACGAAACAGACUUGACGUCUUUCCUCCAGGAGAGGAACUACCGGCAAUGGGCGUUUAUGAUGUCGAGAAGCAGUGUCAUGCGACACCGGUGUUCGACGAUGGUGUCGAGAGCUGCAGCGAGAUGUCUCGAAAAGUCCAACAGUUGUCGGAUUCACAGGCUCUGCAGCGACAGGGGAAACGUCCACAGCUUAAGCGACAAUUCGGUUUUAUGUCGAUGCUUGGAUUUUCAACUACAUUAAUGGCUACAUGGGAGCCGCUGGCUGCUCUAUUGCAAGGUGGUCUGGUCAAUGGGGGCCCGGUGUCGCUCGUGUAUGGAUAUAUCCUGUGCUUCUUCGGGACGUUAGCAACUGCAGCCUCUCUAGGAGAGCUAGCGUCUAUGGCCCCAACUUCAGGAGGACAAUAUCACUGGGUUGCGCUCCUCUCACCCCCUGGCGCUUCGAUACAUCUCAGUUGGGUAACAGGAUGGGUGACAGUCAUUGCCUGGAUGGCAGCAGUUGCAUCACCUGCCUUCCUAGGUGGCACUAUUAUCCAAGGGCUGUUGGUCUUGAAUGACGAGUCAUACGUCUUUGAGCGAUGGCAUGGGACUCUGCUUUUCACUGCAAUUGUGGUAUUGAGUGUUUGUGUCAAUAUCUUUGCCAUCAAAUAUCUGCCACACCUGGAAACUCUCAUGCUCUUGCUCCACGUCGGCAUGUUUUUCCUCCUACUCAUUCCCAUGGUUUACCUGGCCCCUCAGCACUCUGCAGAGUUUGUAUUUACUGACUUUGAGAGUCUCGGGGGUUGGAACAACAAUGGUAUCGCGUGGUGUGUUGGUCUGAUGACCAGCGCCUUUCCUUUUACCGGAUGGGAUGGGGCUGCACAUAUGAGCGAGGAAAUCGAAAAUGCUGAAGUGAUCGUCCCACGAUCGCUGAUGAUGAGUAUCCUGCUCAACGGCGCCUUGGGUUUCGGCUUCUUAAUCGCUGUGCUGUUUAGCAUGGGGGAUCUUCAGGCAGCUCUAGCAACGCCAACAGGGUAUCCUAUUAUCGAAAUAUUUUACCAAGCUACCGGCUCCAAGAAAGCAGCAACGGCAAUGGUAUGUGGCCUUGUUGCCAGCGCUGUGUUUUCCACUCUUGGACUCAUGGCGUCGGCUUCGCGCACCACAUGGGCAUUUGCACGAGACAAUGGCUUGCCUUUUUCUGAUCGUAUCGCACAUAUUGACCAAAAACGUGCUCUCCCAGUCACCGCCGUUAUGGUCACUGCUGGAAUGCUGCUUCUCUUGGGCCUUAUCAACAUCGGGAAUACAGCAGCCUUCUCUGCCAUUGUGGGACUCGCUACGGUUGCACUGUAUUUCACCUACAUGAUGCCUAUCAUCCUCCUUGUGAUACGCAGGCUCCGCGGGGAUAGUAUCCAUUUCGGGCCCUGGCGCCUAGGGCGACUUGGUCUCUGGGUCAAUCUCUUUUCGAUCGUAUAUCUUGUUUUCACUUCAUUCUUCAUGUUCUUCCCCUCGACUAUCCCUGUCACCACAGAGAACUUCAACUGGACCAGCGUGGUAUUCUUGGGAGUGUUGGCGAUCAGCUUCAUUAGCUAUUGGACAUACGGCAGGAGACUGUAUAGAGGUCCUGUGAAGGAGGUGGCAGAUUGAGCACAUAUUCUCGUCAAGACGUUGAAACAAAAGUACAUACAUACAUACAUACAUAAUGUAAUUUCAGUACCAUGCGAAGUUCGCUAAAUAUGAUCUUAAUUAAUCUGAAGGGAGCGUUGAUGUGAAACAAGACCUGCUUGUCUUCCACUGAUGGGUAAGCAGAGCCGGCGCUUGUGCCACCAGAAUGCUUCAUUCUUCGUGAAGUGUCGUGUCUUGCGGGCAGUCUACGGCCAAUUAGAGCACCAUCUUCGCUAGAAUGCUCCAGGUGAAGAU